CGCUCGCCGUCCCUUGCCGGGCGUGAGCGGGGCUUGGCAGGCGAGGAGGCGGGCGCAAGCCGGAAAGGAAUGCGAGUGGGAAGGCAAGGAGGGAGGGCCGGCGCCCGGCAGCAGGGGCAGGAGCAACAGCAGGAGCAGCAGCGGGCAUGCCGAGGCCCAUCCCGCCGGGAGGGAGAGCCGGAGAGAGGCGAGGGCUGCCCUUCUUCCGACGGGGCGCACGCAACGGGGAGGGCGGGCUCUCCAACCCGGCUCUCCCUCGGCAGGCAGGCAGGCGGAGGGGAAGCGGCGGCGGAGAAGCGCCUGGCCGGCCUUUUCCCAUGGCGUCGGAGAAGGUGCUGCGGGAGGGGGUGCUGGAGAAGCGGAGCGGGGGGCUGCUGCAGCAGUGGAAGCGCAAGCGGUGCCUGCUGGGCGAGAAGGGGCUGCGGCUCUUCGGGGCCAGCCGGCGGGGCUCCACGCGCUGCAAGGAGCUGCCCUUCGCCCGCCUCAAGGCCCUCGAGUGCGUGGAGUGGAAGCAGCGGCGCGUCUACUUCACGCUGGUGACCGACGGCGGCGAGGAGAUCGACUUCCGAUGCCCCGAGGAGGAGCCCAGCUGGAAGGCCGACAUCGCCCUGGCCCUGGCGCGCUUCAAGAACCAGCAGGCCGUGCAGGCGGUGCGCGCCAGGCACAGCUGCCGCGCAGCCCUACAACAAGAGGCAGCCCCAAAUGGCCAGAUUCUCAUGAAUGGAUCAAAGGAGCCAGAUCCUAAUCUGAACAUGGAGAGAGUAGAAGAGCUGAUGACUGUGAGUUCACCUGCCAAUGGACAGAAGGCAAUUUCCACCUGCAACUGAAUGCAGAGCUGUUGGGUUUGUUCUGUGGUAUCGGUGCUGCAAACGAAAGUGAUUCCAGAAGCAUCCAACAAAACCUGGAUAGCAAGUUAUAGCAAGAAUGAACUGCCAAUUCUGAUUCCUUGGCAAGGCACUCACAAAGUCACCUAUCGAAGUGUUGUGGGCAGAUACAUAAACUGUCUGCACUCAGUAACCAAAUCCAUGAGCUUUGUGGACUAGGUUCGAGAGAGAAAUGCAGCAGGCACACCAUUUCUUGGCACAAUGCCUGAACCGUAAGUAACAGAUUCUUCCCUUGCAUUAUUCUUUGUCUUUUAGGGGUGAGUUUUCAUGGCCAAUAAGUUUGGUCAGAAUGCAUCUUAGAGUAAACAUCUGAAUUUUAUCCCAGGGAUCUCAUGUGUGGCAUCUUGCAGAGCUAGUUGUUAUACCUGCCACAGGGAUGCUGCUGAAAAUAGCAGUCCUAUAUUUGCAUCUUCUUCCUUUCCUCCCCCUUGUUUAGAUAGGGAAGUCAUUCAGCCCUCCAGAUAUUGCCAGCUCAGAUAGCCACUCAUUGUGAAGAAUACUGGAAAUUAUAAUGCAACAAUGUAUCUGGGGAUCCACAUUACAGUUGGCUAUCCACAUUUGCUAGUUUGACUUUUGUGGAUGUGGGUAAUAUUUGAUGAAAUGUUCACCCUAAGAAUCUCGAGCUUCUCCAGUGUAACUUGGUGGUCAACGUCUGCCAAAAGAUUUUUGGAGAAGUUGACCAUAGAGGUGUGCUGGAUGAUCUAGAGAUUCCCAGAGAGGUGUUCUCUCACAUAAAACAUACCGUGUUUCCCCAAAAAUAAGACACUGUCUUGUAUUAUUUUUUUUGUUCCCAAAGAUGUGCUAGGUCUUAUUUUCAGGGGAUGUCUUAUUUUUUCACGAUUCCUUUCUUGUACUCAAUGGCUCCCUCCUCCUCCGCCGAGGAAGGCUCGUGUGGCGUGAAGGAGAAGGAGGGAAAGGCACAUACCUUUCCCUCCUAUUUCGCGCUGCACACACCUUCCUUGGCGGCGGUGGCUCCAUCCUCCUAGGUCUUACUUUUGGGAAAUGUCUUAUAUUUGACAAUACAACAAAACCUCUACUAGGUCUUAUUUUCAGGGGAUGUCUUAUUUUCAGGGAAACACGGUAGUAAUGUUUCUAUUUGCUUUCUGUGUCAUUAACCCAAGUGAAUGUGGAGGGCUUACUGUAUUCCUGCCCCUGGUCUUGGGUCACAGGAGUGGAAAAGCUGUGCAUAUUAAUGGCAACUAACCUGUCUAAUGGUACAGUCUGGAGUUGUACUUCAAGCAACCUCUGAAGGAUCACAGGUGUCUCAUGGCUUGAUUCUUUAAAAUCUGCAACACUUAGAAUCCUCCAUCCAGCAGCAGCACCAUGUCUGCAUACAAUUUUAGAAGGACGCUCCUUCUACAUUAAUAAUGGCCUAUUUUCUCUGUUUCACCCUGGACAUGCUAACUAGGAAAUUUGGGAGUAGUAGUCACCAGAAAUAGUCAAUUUCCCAAGCUUUGAGAGUUUGUAAUGUGAAAAGGUUCUGUUAUAGGUGUGCUGAAGUGGAAAAUACUCCCAGACUGCAGAAAGUCCCUAAAUACCCUUUCUAUGACACUGCAUAUCAGUUAUCAAUAAUAUCCUGCAUAAUUGUAUGCCAACUAACAACAAAUUGCAUCAAAAAGUACUACUUAGCUAUGAAAUGUUGAAUUCAUUUAUCAUGGGAUGAGUACCUCAUAUCCUGAGAGUUUUUGGAGAUCAGACAGCAAUUUUCACAAAUGGAAAUUUUUAGGAGAAAAAUUUGAGAACAAAAUGGUUUCAGCUUUUGUCAUAAAUCUAUUGCACAAACCAACCACAAGAUGGCAGAGUGGAACCUAUGCUUUUCAAGGAGAGUGACAGAAUUUAGAACAGUGACUUUUUGAACUACAACUACCUAAAUUGUCCGACCUAGUCUGGGAGGGCAAUGCAAACAAAUAAUUUUUCUAAACUCUGUAAAGACACAGUUCUUACAUUUUUACCAUGGGAAUAUGUAAAAGUAAACAUAUUUUUCCACCCACUCUCCUGGAUAGAAGGCAGGCAGUCCAUAACCAACACUGUUGAAAUACUGGCAUCUCAGGUAUCAAAAACUCACCUGUGAUCCUACCUGUAGAUGUAAGGUCAUGUAGCCCAUAAUACAGAAUUCCUGAGAUUUGAGAUAAUUAUGCAUGCAAUAUUAAGACCAAUGUGGAAUAUGGGUGUGGU